CAAAUCGUUUGUACCACAAACCACCAGGAACCGCUGCCCAACCACCCGACCAUUUACCAUCACGGGCUCACCGGGAAUCUCUCCCGUUCCUUCCCUUACCAACCGGUCACCAACUCCGCCCUGGGCGGCGACAUCUCAGGCGUCAUCAACGUCAGCGCCGCCAACUGUUGGUCGGUGACGACGGCCGGGUCGCUCGAGCCCGACCCGUGUCUGAGAACCGCGAGGCCAAGUUCUGGACUCGGUAGCUCCGGAAUCGGGCUGGAGAAGAAGAGGAAACCUGAUAACUCGACAGAACAAAUGGUCACACAGGGUAAAGCGAAGGAAAAUCCUAAGGAUAAAAAGAAGAUGAAGAAGAAAGUGAGUGCAGAAGCAUACACCGCGAAUCGAAAAGUUGUCAGCAAGUACGAGGAAGAUUCGAAAGGUUGUGUUCAUGUUCGAGCACGACCAGGACGAGCGACUGACAUCCACAGCAUAGCAGAGAGAGUUAAAAGAGAGAAGAUUAGAGAGAGGACGAGAUAUCUUGAAUCUUUGGUCCCUGGACUGGACAAAACCCUUGGGAACGCAGAGGCUAUUGAGCAGAUCAUAAGCUAUGUUCUGUCGCUUCAGCAACAAGUCCAGUUCUUGAACAUGAAAAUCGCCGAGUUGAAUCCGAAUCCAGACUACAGUGUUGAUGACUUUUUGGCCGACGAGGCUUUAACCGAGCUGAGACAGAACAACCCAUGCAUGACGAUGCCAACUUCUGAGGUAGUUAACUCCGGUUACGAUCACCUGAAUCCAAUCCAGCAAGCAGUUCCAGGAACUGGGACGGAGUUCAUUUCCAGCUCCCAAGUUGCCGGAACUACGGACAAUCUGUCGUGGAUGCCCGGCCCACCUUUCAACGAACAGUGGUCGAACUCUUUGGGCGUCUGAAUCCGAUGUGCGGAAUCUUUAUGAGACACGAACUUGCUGCCCAACCAUCCACAUGUUAAUUAUGCAGAGAACAAGGCAACUCGAACAUGGAGAAGAAGUGAGUAAUCAAGACAAGGUUUCAUGUUUUGAGAAGUUAGAGAUCGCUAAAUGGGUUUCCAUUUUCAUUAAGUACUUAAAGUAACGAGAGAAAAGGCAAAUAGUUUUUGUCUUUUUAAUAAAUAAAUAAAUAAAUAAAUGUAAUAUAGAG